UGGCUUACUGACACAUUGUUGGUUGUGGCCUAGGACUGCCAAGUCCUUUCCUGCCAAUUGAGCCCAUCAGACCCGGGUCAGGGGUGUGGGAACCUGGGGAGACCAUUCUCACCGGGGCAUGUGGGGCUCCAGUUGGCCCCACAGUGACUUGGAUGCCCAUUUGACUGUAGCAUGGGCUGUAGCACUUCCUCUGUAAAUUCGGCUCUGGCUCCCUUCCACUCUUCCCUCCCAUCCCAUCUGCACACCACCCCAGCCAGCUCUUCUCUGAGGAAAUUUGCAUCAUGCAGCAGCAGGAGGGCUCUUGAGGACUGCUUCCCUGAGCCAUGGUCUGUUCAGCUGCUCCUUUGCUACUCCUGGCCAUGACUCUCCCCCUGGUCGGGUCACCAGAUGCCCAAGCAUCCCAGCCUGGACACACUCAGGCUGGAGGGGAAUCUGGGCAGCAGUUGGAUCAAGAAAGUGGAGCAGGUGAAUCAGUCCUGGUCUCAGUCUAUGUACAGUUGGACUUUUCAAAUGAGACCUGGUCGGCAGCACUCUCCAAGCCCCAGACUCUUCCCACUGCCUCGGCUUCCUCUUCCCUGGGAACCCUCACUGGCCUCAGCCUCACAACAGAGUGCAGUGUCAACCACGAUGGGUGUACCUAUUGUGCUUGCCUUUCUGGGUACCAGUGGAACAACAGUGUCUGCUCCCGUCACCAACCCUGCCAAACCCUCCUCGAGCACCGGCCUUGUGGCUGUCUUAUCUUCUGCACUAAUGAAGCCGGGUACUGCCAGCUGCUGCCACCUGUCCCUGCAACCCUGAGCCUCAACUCCUGGCUGCAGAUGCCUGGCAGCACCCUGAACCUGACCCUUCUCACAAGCCAGGAGAUCACCAACCUGAAAUGGUUCCUGUGGCGCACAGGGAGCCCCAGCCCCAGCCCCAUCCUCCUGCAGGCAGGGACACGUGUGUCCUUGACCUCCAGCCGGGGCCGGGUUCUCCUCAGCAUUGUCAACAUCACCUAUAAAUGGGCAGGUGAUUACAUAUGCUGCUUUGAGGCCCAGGGAUUCAGGUGGGAGCUGCACCAGAUGGUGAAGGUGUCCCUGCGGGCGAUAGACGUGGCUCAGCUUCCAGACCAGCUCUCCAUCUCCUGUGCCUCCUCUCCUGGCUUCCAGCUGAGCUGCUGCAUCCCCAGCGAACAUCUGGGCUACACGGCUUCCUGGAGCCCUGGAGAGGGCAGCGAAGCCUCCUCAUUCAACACAUCGGACUCCCAGUGCUUUGUGCUGGCUGUUCGGCGCUGCCCUGCAGCUGACACCACAUACACUUGUGACCUGCAGAGCCCAGGACUGAGCCCUCUCAGGGUCCCCGUCUCUGUUACCAUCAUCCAGGGUGGAGACACCACCUGCCCUGAGGACUCUUCAGCUGGUGCCUGGAACGUCACCAAGGCUGGCCAUGUGGCACAGGCCCCGUGUCCUGGGAAUAAGACGGGCACAGUGAAGAGGACUUGUAGGCCUGAUGGGGUCUGGGGGCCCAUCCAUAGCAGCUGCACAGACACAGGGCUCCUGGCCUUGCUUUAUAGAGCCCGGCUGCUGCGGGCAGGCCAGGGCUGGCCUGAUGAGGAGGUGCCACAGAUCCUGGCGCAGCUGCCUGACCAGGUAGUGGUGGUGACCUCACCCUCUGACUUAUUAGCACUGGUGAACACCAUAAAAGUCCUGGCCAAAAUAGUGGCAAGUGCCAGAAUACAGCUCAACGGCAGUGCCCUGGAGGCUCUGCUGAAAACCACAGACAAGGUCCUUGACAUGGACGCCAGUUCCCUGUGGACCACAGCCCGGGCCCAGAUCUCCGCAGUGGGCUCCAAUCUCCUGCUGGCUGUGGAGACCCUGGCACGCAGUCUGUGCCCACAGGAUCACCCCUUCUCCUUCGGCUUGCCCAACGUGCAGCUGCAGACCCAGCUCCUCAGGCCCACACCUCCUUCCGACUACAGAGUCUCCUUCUCUACUCAGCCCAUGCUGCAGGCGCACAUUCCCAAGCACUCACUGGCCCCACUGGGCCAUAAUGGAACCAACGUCAGUGUUACUAGCCUGAUGCUGCGAAAACUGGACCACUUUCUGCCUUCAAACUAUGGACAAGGGCUGGGGGACUCCCUCUAUGCCACUCCUGGUCUGGUCCUUGCCAUCUCCAUCAUGGCAGGUGGCCAGGUCUUCAACAAGGGAGAGGUCAUCAUGGACUUUGGGGACACAAAUGGCACCCCUCACUGUGUCUUCUGGGACCACAAUCUCUUCCAGGGCAAGGGGGGCUGGUCUGAUGCAGGGUGCCAGGUGCAGGCAGCCAGUGCCAGCCCCACCACUCACUGUAUCUGCCGGCACCUCACUGCCUUCUCCAUCCUCAUGUCUAGACACACAGUUCCAAAAAACACCCUCCUGGAGCUGCUGGGUCAGGUGGGCUUGGGGGCCUCCAUUGUGGCCCUGCUUGUGUGCCUGGGUGUGUAUAGGCUAGUGUGGAGAUUUGUGGUGCAGAGCAAAGUUGCCUACUUACGCCACACGGCCCUGCUCAAUGUGGUGCUCUGCCUGCUGGCGGCAGACACCUGCUUCCUUGGAGCCUCGCUGCUUCCUCCAGGGCCCCACAGCCCACUCUGCCUGGCCACUGCCUUCCUCUGUCAUUUCCUCUACCUGGCCACCUUCUUCUGGAUGCUGGCUCAGGCUCUGAUGUUGGCCCACCAGCUGCUCUUUGUCUUCCAUCAGCUGUCCAAGCACCGAGUACUCUCCCUGAUGGUGUUCCUUGGCUACCUGUGCCCGAUGGGGUUUGCAGGUGUUACCCUGGGCCUCUACCUACCCCGAGGGCAAUACCUGGGGGAGGGGGCAUGUUGGUUGGACAGGAAGGGAGGAGUGUUCUACACCUUCGUGGGACCAGUGCUGGCCAUCAUGGGUGUGAACGGGCUGGUACUAGCCAUGGCUGUGCUGAAGCUGCUGAGACCUUCGCUGUCAGAGGGACCCCAGGUGGAGAAGCGUCAAGCCCUCCUGGGAGUGAUCAAAGCCCUGCUCAUUCUCACACCCAUCUUCGGUCUCACCUGGGUGCUGGGCCUGGCCACUCUGUUAGAGGAAGUCUCCAUAGUCCCCCACUACCUCUUCACAGCUCUCAAUACCUCCCAGGGUGUCUUCAUCUUAUUGUUCGGCUGCCUCAUGGACAGGAAGGUUCAAGAGGCUUUGCGCAAACGUUUUUGCCGCUCCCAGCCCCCCAACUCCACCAUCUCCCUGGGUGAACAGCCUUCUCCAGGUGGACAUUCCCAGGUGAGCUGAAGGAGUGUGGAGGCCUCGGAGAGAAGACGGCAUAGCAUCUUCUACUGCCUUCCUAGAAAGCUGCAGUGUCACCAGCACCACCCCUUGACUCAGUUCACUCUGAAAAUUCCUUUUCACACUAUCAUUAUUUUUAGAUAGCCUGAAAAACCCAUGUUGUGGAGGAAAUGCCAUUGGUGGGUCUGGUAACCGGAGGGGAGAGGAGCCCACAGAGGCUUCAGGGCAAGCUUUUUCACAGGAAAGACAAAAGUUUUGAGUGACCCACCUAUGAUGAGAGAGUCGAGGGUGUGUCCUUGAAGCCACCAGGAUGAGUCCCGGCCAACGCUCUGAACUCUUCCUGGCCCCAGAGCUCAGCCCUUGGGAAAGACAGGCUUCUGUUUUCAUUAGUCACACUCAUUUUUCUCAUUUACCUGUCCCCACCCUUGCCUAUCCAAGCAAGAAAAGCACGAAAAACUAGCUAAAGUGAACUAAUGAGUAAGCAUGGCUUUGCUGUAAAAAUAAUUAACAGAUAUCAAAGUUCAGAAUAAUUGCAAGUAAAACCUGUCUUAACAGUUUUCAUUAUUCAGUGAUUUCUUUUCUCAUUAUUUCUUCCCUAUAAUUACAAGGAAAGGAUGGCUUAAUUGACAGGAACUCUGAUCUUCCAGAGAGUGGAGGCAAAGAGCAGAAUUUGGUUUGUUUCUUUUCAAAAUUUAGGAAAAGGUGAAAUUAACAGAUCCCUCUUUCUUUAACCUCUAUGAAACACAUUAAUCCAAAAUGUAAGUUUCAUAGAGGUAUGCUUGUAUGUAAAGUCACUGAUACCAGCACAAUUUUAAGAAUGUGGUAUAAAUUUUAAAGUAGAAAGUUAUCACAGACGGCCAGGAAUUAUGAAGAAAAGAUGACAAAUAUUGACAUUUAAAAGUGACAGGAUCAGGGGAGAGUAUAGCUCAAGCACUAGAGCACAUGCUUAACAUGCACAGGGUCCUGAGUUGAAUCCCCAGUACCUGCUCUAAAAAUAAAUAAACCUAAUUACCUCCCCCACCCCUGCCAAAAUAAAAUAAAUAAUGCAAUGAUAAAUAAAAGUGACAGGAUCAAGCUAAGGCUAGAUAUAGAGAAGAAAUAUUUAAGAAAAGACUUUAGAGAGCAUCAAGAUGCCUAGAUGGAUUAACUUAUGGAAUCUACAAAAGGAUGAUGACAGGGUUCUGAAAAAUUUUUAAACUAGAUAAAUAAAAAAAAAUUCUGAUGAAUGAGUAAUUAUAGAAUUCAUGGAUUUUUUAAAUAAAAUGGAAUAGGGGUGUUUUCUUUUGAAAUAGAAAGUGAUAAUGCUAACUAAAAGUGGUAAAUGCCAUUGAAAACAUUUUUCUUACACAUGCUAUACCUCCACUUAAUGAUUUGUGUGAUUUGUAUUAAUUGUGUAUGAACCAGCCCAAGUAUUUCUCUAAAUGGAUUCAAUCAUUCUUUCAAGUAGAAGGUACCAACUCACCAGGACCACUGCAAGGUUUCUGUGCCUCGUACUUGUUCCAGCCCCCAUGGGAGGCAGCAGCUACUCAAUCAGUGGGGGCUUCGCCUUUGCUGGUUUCCCUGGCAACAGAGUCAUGUCUCGAUUCCACUUUCACUUAUAUUAAUAUUUAGUCUUAAUAUUUUUAAUUAUCGAACUAUAUUUUGAAAAAUUAAAGUACUAAAGAAGCAGCAGA